AUGAGAAUAAGAGGAAAAGGAGGGGAAGUGGUAAUGAUUAGAGUGGGUGUAGAAAAUGUGAAAAAGGAGAGUGGACUUGAUGAGAACAGAAGAAGUAGCAGCUGGGAAGAUAAUGACUCCUCAAAUCUUCACAUUCGUCAAAAGCGUGUAAUUAAUAUAAGAAAGCAAGGAGAUGGGCCAGUUACGAUUGGAACCGUUCCUUACAUUGUCAAUAUUCGAAGAGAUAAUAUUAGUGAAUGCGCAGGUACUAUAUUAUCGGCCGUACAUAUCCUAACUCCUUAUCAAUGUGUUUAUCCAGCCUCUCUAGAACGGUACACCAUUCUCUCUGAGUCAGCAAUGAGAAACAGCGGAUAUCUUCACACAAUAAAAAAAAGAACACUAGUUGAACCCAAUAAAAGAUUAGCGUUAAUUGAAGUUUCUCCAGAUAUUGACUUUCACUUUGGUCCUAAUAGACCAAUUAGAAUAUUUUCCGGAGUUAUACCGCAUAUAGUGUAUGGUAUUUUUAGUGGCUGGGGAUGUACGGUACCAGGAGCUCAAUAUGAACAUGAACCUCAAUAUCCGAACCAAUUAAUGCAAGUCCGACUACCGAUAAUUUCACUGGAGGAGUGUAUUCGUAUUUAUUGGGGUCGGGCUACAAUUACAAAUAGAAAUAUUUGUACUCUUGAUACCAGUUUAAGAAGAGGCACUUGCAUAGGAGAUUUAGGAGGUCCCCUAGUGCUCAGAAUUCCUCCACUAUAUGUUCCUGAACUGGUUGGAAUAAUGUCGGUGCUGAGAGCAAGGGAAUUUGGAAAAUAUCCGGAUGUUUUUACUAGCCUUAAUCAUCUUGACAUUUAUGACUGGAUUUCUGAUGAAAUUCAGCACAAUGUCUGA